UCUGUAACUCAGAAAGAAUGCAGGUUGGUUUGUAUCUGCUGCUUGUGCUCCACAUUGCUGAAGGCUGCAAACUGAAUGAUGAAAAGAUAGAAGAGAUUACUGCAUACCCAGGAGGGUCAGUACUGCUGCCCUGUUACUGCACUGACCCACAAGCCACACCUGGGAGAUUUACCUGGAAGAAACUCCCCUCAAACAAAACUAAAUGGGAAGAGAUGUCCAGUGAAAGGAUUCAGUACAGAGACAGAGUUCAGCUGGUUAAUGGUCACUCUCCAGGAAAUCUCUCUCUACUCAUAUCACACCUCACUGAAGAGGAUGGAGGAUGGUACAGAUGUAAGGUUGAAGGCAGCAUCAAAGAUAUCAGCCUCACAGUUGAAGGCUGCACUCUGACCAAGACAACAUUAGAUAUCACAGCUCAUACAGGAGGGUCAGUACUGCUGCCCUGCUCCUGCACUGAGCUACGUGCCAAACCUAAGACAUUCACCUAGAACAAAUACAUCAAUCCAAAUUGGGACACGAUAACCUUUGAAAGUGGUCAGUACAGAGACAGAGUUCAGCUGGUUAAUGGUCACUCUCCAGGAAAUCUCUCUCUACUCAUAUCACACCUGACUGAAGAGGAUGGAGGAGUUUACAGGUGUGAUUUGCCAAGUGGAUACACAGACAUCAGACUCACUGUUAAAGGUAAAACACUGGUUUGUUUUCUGAGUGCAAAGUGUGUUGAAUGAACUGUGUAAGAUUUGUUAUCCUUCCAGUACAAAUGCUCCAAGAAGAGCUUUAAUGAGGGUUCUGUAUUGAGGGUGUGAGCAGUAGUUAACAUUUUCUCCAGUAUAUGAAUGUUUAUCAUGUUCUAUAAUGUCUACAGAAGGGACAUUUAUAUUGUCUCACAGUCCCCACACUGGGACUCUGUAU